AUGUGGCUCCAAAGCGAACGCAAAAGACCAUCUCUGGCUGCAUUCGUUCAUCGUGCUGUAGAUGAAGCGGAAAUACCAGAGAGUUACUUCUUACCUUCGUCUGCCAAAUUUCGCAAACGGUGCGCCACAGCAACCGCUGAGCUCCGUGGCCGCAUCCCGGGAUUCAUGAUUCCUUCUUUGAUGAUUCCUGUUUCCAGAUUGCCCCAAGGGGCGACGGGCAAGGUCGACCGCAAAGCGUCACGGGACGCCGUUGUAGCCAUGUCAGACCUCAAGCGCAGUGAAUAUCGCCUGGCUAUGGGGGAGAAGAAGCGCUCCCCAACAACUGAGGCAGAAAGAAAGCUCCAUGCAAUCUGGGUCGAAGUACUCAAGAUACCCGUGAAUGAAAUUGGCAUCGACAACAACUUUUUCCACCUGGGUGGGGAUUCAAUCAAUGCCAUGUAUAUAGCGGCCAGGGCUCGCGCGGAAGGACUUGCUCUGGCCGUGACGGACAUUCUAGAGAAUCCGAUGCUUUCCACCUUGGCCACUCUAGAAUCCAAAGGGCUUGUUGACGGACUAUGCGUCCAUCCCAUUCUCCCUGAGGGCCAAUCAUUCCUUCUCACACAGUGGACCCCAGUAUAUCAAUGCCAUGAUAUCGAAGGCCCAGUCUAUGUAGAUAUGCUACGCGUUGCAUGCGGGACCGUCAUAGCAAACAAUGCUAUCCUCCGCACGGCGUUUAUUCGGGCCGGAAAACGCCUGUUGCAAGUGGUUCUCAAGUCUCUAGAUCGACCUCUUCAACAUAUCACCACGGACGAAAACCUCAUGAUGUACUGCGACAAUCUCUCCCAGGCCGAUGGCCAGAUUUCAUCCACUGUCAAUUCUGCGGCCCUCCAAUUCAGCCUCGUGUCCAACACCAGCACUAGGGACGUCUUGAUCAUUCGUAUUUCACAUGCGCAAUAUGAUGGACUUUCUAUGCCCGUAUUGCUCAACGAUAUAGCGGCCGAGUACUCCGGUAUGAGAACCUGCGCUCCGGUGGAUUUCUCUUCGUACAUGUACUUCCGUGCAUCCAAAACCACAGACAAAUCUGUUGCCUUCUGGCGUUAUUAUCUUCGAGGGUCAUCGAUUGCAAACAGUAGACUCAAGUUCCCUGCUGGGCCCUCUUCACCGCAGCCCCGUCGAGCGGACGACCGGCGUGUCUCCGCCGCAAAAGAGAUACCACUCCCCACCGCACCUGGAGGCAUCACCACCGCCAACCUCGUCAAGGCAGCCUGUGCGUUCGUUCUCGCCCGUCUCACAGCGCAAACGGAUCUCAUUCUCGGCCAGACUGUAAACGGACGCAGUUUGCCCCUCCCCAAUAUCGAUAAGGUCCUCGGCGCGUGUCUGAACUUCAUCCCCUUGCGGGUAACGCUCCAGAAAUCAUGUACAGCCCAUGAACUCCUGCAGCACGUCCAAGCCCAAAGCGUCUUCACCCUGGCCUACGACUACCUUGAUUCUUCGGAGGUCUUCAAACAGAGCACCGACUGGCCGGUCGACACCCGCUUUUCCUGCGUGGUUCAGCAUCAGAAUCUAGAACGGACCCCGGGUCUUCGUCUGCCGGGAACAAAGGCCGCUUUCGCCGGAUGGGCGCAUUUCAUUCCCGCCAGUGGGAUAUGGAUUAUCGCAAGCCCAAGGGAAUCUUCUCUGGACGUGACUAUGUGCACUUCAGAAGGCGGGAUGUCUGCUGAGACGGCGAGAGGGCUGGUAGAGGAGAUAUGUGCGGCGAUUCAAUCAUUUGCGAACUCUCCUGGGGAUAAAUUGGUUGUCUAG